UUAAUAACGGUCUGAGCCUUACACUUCUGACACCUUAAAAGAGAAUAUAAUAGUUCUUUGUUACGAAAAACGACGUGAAGAAAGUGUCAAAAGCUAAAAGAGAUGGAUAUUAACCUCAUUGGAAUUAACAUUGUGGACCUAUAAGUACCAUGAACAUGAUGAUCAAGACCACACUUCUGAGUUUGGGGACCUCUUUCUUAUAUAUCCACAAUCAUUCACUCUUUAUGUUUCCUUUUUUUCUGAUAUUUUCUCUUCCCCAGUUACUUCCUCCCUCUUCACCACGUGACACACUUCAGUCAAACUUGGAGAUGUCACCACCAGGCUCAUGUCAGCCAAGGCUCUAAAAGUUAAUUAGUUAAAACGUGUUCUUGUCCUUUUCAUCUAGUAAUUGGUCUGAAACUAUCUUAAUUUUUAUAUGUAAUAAUAAGGGUUAAUGAUUUUUUAACAUUUUUUAAUGUUGUCUUUACCAUUGUCUAAAACUUGUCGUUUCCGUGACAAAGAAAAAAUGUAUCAAAGAACAUGAAUUUUAAAAAACUUUGAGCAUUAAUAAAAAAAUGUAAAUAUAAGUAGGUCAGAAUUAAGAGCAGAUUUUGUUCUGAAUUACCCAAUAUUUUAUGUGUGAGGAAGUAGAAGGAGAAGAGGAUGAGGAUGGAGCCGUUGGGGGUGGAGGGGCGCGGCUUCUGCAAUAAAAGAAUAGCGCGCCAUCAUUUUAACUUAACCCUUCCAACAAACUCUCGCACCACUUUACUAACACUAAUGCUCGUCAAUGGUUUCAACUUACAAGGAAAACUAGCCGUUACUCACUGUUUCUCGCAAACAAAGACAACCUCUGAACUCUGCAUUCAUUCUCUCUCUUUGUAACGCUCUCAACCGGGGCGCGCACCUACACUUCUUUAUGUCGUCACGUGAUCCUUCUCGUUCUCUCUCUCUCUCCUCACUACAAAAACCAUCCUUCAAAUGUUCUUGUCUAUCUCCACAUCACUUCCAACACACACACUCCCUCUUUCUGUUCCAUUCAUUCAAAAACAUCUCUUUUAGUUAUGGUAGCGGAGAAAGCCAACCUUAACUCUUGUCAGUUUUCACAACAAGUAGGUAAUGCAGACCAAGUCUCUGACAAGAAGAAAGAAAGAUGGAAGAAGACUCCGUCCACGGCGCACAACAACCCAUGUUAUUUUUUGUUUCUCCUCUGGGUGUGGACUCUUGUUCUCUCCACAUGUUUGAAUUCGGUUUUGUGCGAAGAUGAGGGUUGGGAUGGAGUGGUCGUGACGGCGUCAAACUUCUUAGCACUUCAAGCGUUCAAGCAAGAGUUGGUUGAUCCCGAAGGCUUCUUGCGGAGCUGGAAUGAUAGUGGCUAUGGAGCUUGUUCCGGAGGUUGGGUUGGUAUCAAGUGUGCCAAGGGAGAGGUUAUUGUAAUCCAGCUUCCGUGGAAGGGAUUGAGAGGGCGUAUCACUGAUAAAAUUGGGCAGCUUCAAGGUCUUAGGAAGCUCAGUCUUCAUGAUAAUCAAAUUGGUGGUUCAAUCCCUUCCACUUUUGGACUUCUUCCUAACCUUAGAGGGGUUCAGUUAUUCAACAAUAGGCUCACAGGUUCCAUCCCUUCUUCUUUAGGUUACUGUCCUUUGCUUCAGUCUCUUGACCUCAGCAACAACUUGCUCACAGAAGCAAUCCCUUAUAGUCUUGCCAAUUCCACCAAACUUUAUUGGCUUAACUUGAGUUUUAACUCCUUCUCUGGUCCUUUACCGGCUAGCUUAACUCACUCACUUUCCCUCACAUUCCUUUCUCUUCAACAUAAUAAUCUAUCCGGUCCCCUUCCUAACUCUUGGGGUGGGAAUUCUAAGAAUGACGAGUUCUUUAGGCUUCGAAGUUUGCUCCUAGAUCAUAACUUUUUCACUGGAAACGUUCCUUCUUCUUUGGGUGGCUUAAGAGAACUCAAUGAAAUUUCCCUUAGUAACAAUAGGUUUAGUGGAGCUAUACCGAAUGAAAUAGGAACUCUUUCUAGACUCAGGACACUAGACAUUUCUAAUAAUGCAUUGAAUGGGAGCUUGCCUGCUACCCUCUCUAAUUUAUCCUCGCUUACACUGCUCAAUGUUGAGAAUAACCUCCUUGAAAAUCAAAUUCCUGGAACUUUAGGGAGUUUGCACAAUCUUUCUGUUCUGAUUUUGAGCAGAAACCAAUUUAGUGGCCAUAUUCCUUCGAGUAUUGCAAACAUUUCCACUCUUAAGCAGCUUGAUUUGUCACUGAAUAAUCUCAGUGGAGAAAUUCCAGUCUCCUUUAACAGUCAACGUAGUCUUGAUCUCUUCAAUGUUUCUUACAAUAGCCUCUCAGGUUCUGUACCCUCUCAACUUGCCAGGAAAUUCAACUCAAGCUCAUUUGUGGGAAAUAUUCAACUAUGUGGAUACAGCCCCUCAACACCAUGUCCUUCACAAGCUCCAUCAGAAGGAGUCAUUGCCCCACCUCAUGAAAUGUCAAAACACCAACAUCGUAGGAAGCUAAGAACCAAAGACAUUAUUCUCAUAGUAGCAGGAGUUCUUCUCAUAGUCCUAAUCAUACUUUGUUGCAUCCUUCUCUUCUGUCUGAUCAGAAAGAGAUCAGCUUCGAAGACCGAGAAUGGCAGAGGUGUAGGGAGAACUGGAACUACGAGGGCAGAAAAAGGAAUCCCUCCUGUUGCUGCUGGUGAUGUUGAAGCAGGUGGGGAGGCUGGAGGGAAACUAGUCCAUUUUGAUGGACCAAUAGCUUUUACAGCUGAUGAUCUCUUGUGUGCAACAGCUGAGAUAAUGGGAAAGAGCACCUAUGGAACUGUGUAUAAGGCUAUAUUGGAGGAUGGAAGUCAAGUUGCAGUAAAGAGAUUGAGGGAAAAGAUCGCUAGAGGUCAGAGAGAAUUUGAAUCAGAAGUCAGUGUUCUGGGAAAAAUUAGACACCCCAAUGUUUUGGCUCUGAGGGCCUAUUACUUGGGACCCAAAGGGGAGAAGCUUCUGGUUUUUGAUUACAUGCCCAAAGGAAGUGUUGCUUCUUUCCUACACGGUAGUGGAACUGAAACAUCCAUUGAUUGGCAAACAAGGAUGAAAAUAGCACAGGGCAUGGCUCGUGGCUUGUUGUACCUCCAUUCCCAGGAGAACAUUAUACAUGGAAACCUCACAUCCAGCAAUGUAUUGCUUGAUGAGAAUACAAAUGCUAAAAUUGCAGAUUUUGGUCUUUCUAGGCUGAUGACAACUGCUGCUAAUUCCAACGUGAUAGCUACUGCUGGAGCAUUGGGAUACCGGGCACCUGAGCUCUCGAAGCUCAAGAAAGCCAACUCCAAAAGUGAUAUCUAUAGCCUUGGUGUUAUCUUGUUAGAACUCCUAACGAGGAAGUCACCUGGGGUGUCUAUGAAUGGAGUAGAUUUACCUCAGUGGGUUGCCUCCAUUGUCAAAGAGGAGUGGACAAAUGAGGUUUUUGAUGCUGACUUAAUGAGAGACUCUUCAACAGUUGGCGAUGAGUUGCUAAACACAUUGAAACUCGCUUUGCACUGUGUUGAUCCUUCUCCAUCAGCACGACCAGAAGUUCAUCAAGUGCUGCACCAGCUGGAAGAGAUUAGACCAGAGAGAUCAGUCACAGCCAGUCCUGGGGAUGAUUCUAUAAUAUAGGACAAAUUUUGCAUUGAUUUUUUUGCCUUUUAAUAUUAAAUGUUCUACAAUUCUUUCAUUCUUAUAUUAAUUUUGCCCGUUUGAAUGCUCGAGUUUGUACAUAUCUACAUACUACAAUAAGGUGGCUUACCUCUGCCCCAAGUUGUGUGUAAUUCUGUUUCCUUCCGCGGCACGUAAUAGUUGAAAUAUAUGCUCUCUCAGGAGC